GGAUAAUUGGUUUAAACAAGUUAAAAAUGAGAUUGGAGGUUAUGAUGAAUUGAUAAAGCAUAUCAUUGAAAAGAUAAGUCUUGUAAAUAAUGAUACUUUAUUGUCUUCAUUACCUCGUUCCAAAGGUACACUUCUUUAUGGUAUACCUGGAACAGGAAAAACAGCUGUGGCGACAUCUAUUGCAAAACAUUCAAAUUUACCUUAUUAUCAAUUGGAUUGUCCUGAAAUAUUUCAAACAGGUUAAUAUUAGCAUCAUAUUGGGAAAAUAUAAAUUAAAUAUGUGUUAUAUAUAUAUGUAUUAUAUUGUAUAGAGGAAGGAGCAAGUGAAAUGAAAUUAGCCAACUUUUUUAAGCAAAUUAAACAACAUUCUAUGUCUAUUUUAAUAUUGGAUGAAUUGGAUAUGAUUGCUGGGAAGUGGACAUCGAAAAAGAGUGCACUUGAUAUUCGGCUUGCUUCCAUGUUGAUGAUGUUGAUUGAUGAUUUAAAAAAUGCAUAUAUAAUUGGUAUAACAAGUCGAUUGCAUGCGAUCGAUACAUCGUUUUUAAGAUCAGGACGUUUAGAUGAUUUGCAAAUCAUGAGUGUUAAAACACCCAAACAAAGAUACGAGAUAUUAAAUAUACUUACAAAAAAGCUUCCUUUCAAAUCAUGUCAAGAAGGUCAUGAAAUACUUGAAGAUAUAUCCAAAAUAACUCAUGGGUUUGUAUCAAGUGAUUUGGAAAGUCUAUCCUCUUUUACUACUCUUUUGUAUAUAAAACAACAAGCACCAUUUAUUACACAUGAGCAUUUUAUACAAACUUUAGCAACGAUUAAAAAGCCAUCUAAUCUGAAUGAAUAUUCGACACAGAUACCUACUAUUCGAUUUAAUGAUAUUUAUGGGAUGGAUGACAUCAUACAGGAGAUAAAGGCAUCUGUCAUCCAACCCUUUCAUCAUCCAGAACAUUAUCAUUAUUUGGGCAUUACACCACCAAAGGGUAUCUUGAUUCAUGGACCUACAGGUGUAGGUAAAACAAUGCUUUGUUGUGCCUUAGCCUCAGAAGUAGGAGUUAAUUUUAUGUUGGUUGAAAGUUCACAAGUUCGAUCGAAAAUCAUCGGUGAAUCAGAGAAGAGUCUUGCUAAACUAUUCCAACAGGCAAGAGCCAAUUCACCUUGUAUCUUAUUUAUUGAUCAGAUUGACAUGUUAUUACCUAAAAGAGGAACAAGCCAAUCAACAGAAAAUACAAGUGAUCGUAUUGUAACAGGCUUUUUAACAGAAAUGGAUGGAUUAUUAACGAAAGCAGGAAACACGCAUAUUGAUGUACUAGUCGUUGCUGCAACAAAUAGAAUAGAAGCCAUUGAUAAUGCAGUGUUAAGACCUGGUAGAUUUGAUGAACAUAUUUACAUUCCAUUACCAAAUGAUAAGCAACGUAAAGAGAUUAUUCAAGGCAUUAGUUCAAAAAUGCCAAUUGAUUUAAGUGAACAAGAAAUAGAAGACCUGGUGAAUAAAACUCAGCAUUGGUCAGGAGCGCAAUUAGACAAUUUAUUUAGAGAAGCAGCAUUAACAAGUAUAAGAGAGAAUAUAAAUAAUGAAAGGAUUUCAAAUUUACACUUGAUGAAAUCAUUUUUAAAAUAAAAUAAAAUAAAAUAAAAAUUCAAAUUC